CCAACAUGCGCUCGAGCAUCAAUUGCAACCGGAACGUCAAUCGGAACGGCAAGCAAGCAAUAGUGGUGUGAUCUGGACGAUUGAAACACUUGUCAGGACAUUCCGGGUUCAUCUUGUGAUAGUGUAUGUGAGUGUGUGCGUUGGUUUGAUGUGCUUAAGUGGGUUAUGACUAGUGCUUAAUACAACAUCACAUCACCCGGACAAUUCCGACGGUGUUGCAAGGAUAUUUUACCCACGGCGGUUUGGUUGGCAUUUGUAGCUACUCCCGCCAGCCAGUGUGUCAUCGUCAUGAACGACAACAUCGCCGGUGGUGGCGGAGCAGGCGGUGGCAAGGUGUCAACCGGUGGGCCCGGUGCUCUGUGCAAGGUUUGCGGCGAUCGGGCCUCGGGCAAACACUACGGUGUGCCGUCCUGCGAUGGUUGCCGUGGUUUCUUCAAGCGCAGCAUCCGCAGAAACCUCGAGUACGUGUGCAAAGAGGGCGGCAAGUGUGUGGUGGACGUUUCGCGACGCAACCAAUGCCAGGCGUGCCGAUUUGCCAAGUGUCUGCAGGCCAACAUGCGCCGAGAAGCCGUCCAACAUGAGCGAGCACCCCGGAACUGUACUCCGCUGACUGCGACCGUAAGUGGUCUCUCCGCACAUGGCGAUUACUACGCAGCCCGGACGUCCUUCGCCGCCCUGCCCCAGGCCAACCUAUUCUUCCCACUUCCACUGCAUAUCACAGCGGCAGCGGCUUCCGGACCAUUUGCGCCCAUCGCCGAUCCGGGCCGUUUUCUCUCGCCAUACGCGGCCCAGUCACUCGCAGCUGCCGCGGCCAACUCCACCAGCUUUGAUCACUUUCCACCGCCAAUACCACCACCACCACCACCGGCACCAGCCACGACACGGAGGACUUCUCCGACGGCUUUUCAACCCACGUCCACGGGCUUAGCGCCGGGUUCAGGACUGGUACAAGUGCCUGUGCCUCUACCAGCUUCGACGGCGGUCUCUAAAGCGAACCUGGUGAGCGAGGGAAGCCAGAUGGCCACCACGAUCACGGAAUCCAUGUUCAACAGCAUCACGGGAGACUCGCUGGUUCUUCCGGCACCGCCACCAAUCCACUCGAUCAGUUCGAUCCUAAGUCUCAGCUCGGCGAAGGAGAACGAAGUCAGCAGCACGGGUGAGGAAAGUCCUCCCCGUGGCUCGAGUGGCCAGCAGCAGCAGCAGCAGCAGCAGCAGCAACAGCAGUACCAUCAUUCGGUAUUGUUUGGCCAACCAGGCAGUAUCACCGGUUCGAUGCACGCCGUCAAGAGCGAAACGGACAUGCUGCUAGAGUCUGCCGCCAAGCUGCUCUUUCUGGCAGUGAAGUGGGCGAAAACCGUGCCCUCGUUCCUGCAGCUGCCAGCCAACGAUCAAAAGCUGCUGCUAGAGGAGGCAUGGGCCGAACUGUUCGUUAUCACUGCCGCACAGUGGGGAUUGCCGAUCGACAAUGAAUUCAUUGCUCGGAAUCCACAGGCCGUGAAGCUGCAGAGCGCCAUCCAGCAGUUCGGCAUCGCACGGGUGGACUAUCGCGAGGCGGCCUGCCUGAAAGCGCUGGUGCUGUUCCGACCGGAUCAACCCCGCCUAUACGCUGCGCACGAGGUUUUGCUGCUUCAAGACCAAACCGUUGCACUGCUGCACGAAAAGUGUGGCGGCGUCAGGUUGGGCCACCUGCUGCUACUUCUGCCGGCCAUUAAGGCGGCGGCCAAUGCGAAGGUACUGCAGGAGAUGCUGUUUCGCAAAACGGUCGGUGAAGUGGCGAUCGAGCGUCUGCUGCUGGAUCUCAUGAAAACAUAACGCUUGGUGCGUUAGUUUACUCUUAAAUGUAGCAUUUAGCGGAUGUAGUGCCGGUAUGGGUCGAAUAGAAACUGUCGUAGAAUUAGCGCCCUUUCGUGUUAGAUGGAGUUGUGUUAGUGUGUUCCUUAGAAAUAAAGUAAGUGACCGUGUACAGAACUUCAAAAGUGCAGUUCAUGUGUAUGAA